CAACAAAACUCCGCAUUUUCAGUUUCUUGAUUGUUACUACCGAUUUCAAUUUCAUAUAGGAACUUGGUUAACUGGAAAAUGAGUCUAACUGGUAAGCUAGAGACUGAUGUAGCGCUGAAGGCUUCUGCUGAAAGGUUCCAUGAAAUGUUAUGCAGUAGACCUUACCAUGUUUCCAAUGCCUUCCCUGGUAAGAUUCUUGGAGUGGACUUGCACGAAGGAGAGUGGGGCAAGGAGGGUUCUAUCAUCUGCUGGACCUAUGUGCAUGAUGGGGAGACCAAAAUUGCAAAGCAGAGGGUUGAGGAAAUAGAUUCAAAGAACACCUCGGCCACUUUCGUUGUUAUUGAAGGGGAUGUGUUGAAGGCAGACAAAAGCUUCCUAUUGAAACUUGGUGUAACUCCAAAGGGCGAAGGCAGUGUUGCACAUUGGACCUUGGAAUAUGAGAAACUGAAUGCGGAUAUUCCACACCCUGAGUCACUGCUUGAGUUUUGCUCUCAAGUCUCCAAAGAAAUGGAUGCCUACCUCAGCAGCGGCCAAGCAUAGAUACUACAUCUAAAUAUUAAGUGCUAGCUACUACCUGCAAUUCCAAAAAAUAAAAAUAAGAAAUCAGU